CGUUAUCAGCAAUCAAGAUUCAAGUGUAGGCGGCGAGAGAGAGUAUGAUAUUGAUGGCGUCACUUGGCACCCCUGCGCAUGUUAGCAACAAGAAGCCCUUGCAUUGUUCCACUUCCAAGGCCAAGCUUGUGCGGUGCGCAGUGUCACCCCCGGCAUGGCGUGAAGGCCGGCGUACGGUGUCGUUUUCGCUCCUUCUCUCCCACUUCCUUCUAGUUCCUAACUGUGAUGCUGCCCAAGCUAGUCUUUUAGAUAAGUAUGUUAAGAGAAAAAAGCUUGAUCCUCUGGAGGCUUAUGUACCGGCUGUGAUACUUACAGAGUUUCAGAUCAAGGACUUGGAAAAAACAUUAGAGGGUGAUGAGCCCCAAUUUGGCCUCUGCCGGUCUCUACUUCGUUCUGGGCCUGCAGCAUCACUUCGUGUAAAUAUUAGAGCUGUGGCGCAGUAUGCAUCUGACAGUGGCAAUGGUAAAACUGCAUUCAAUGAUGUUGAUGACUGUCUGAGGUCACUGGAAGAACUUGAUUCUUUGCUUCUUCAUGCAUCAAGAAAUGAUCCUGAAGCCUCAGUCAAAUCAAUGAAGGCAAAAAUCAAUUCUGCCCUUAACGCUCUGGACAGCCUCUUACAAACAGUUCCUUCAGAUGUGCUAAGUAAAGGAAAGGUUAUAGCCGAUUCAUACAGGGAACCGGAAGACGUGGAAACAGGGAGUUUGGACCCUGAAUUAAAGCAACUAGAAUCAAUACUAUGAAUACCUAACUGGCGUGUUUGCCUUUUUUGAGUAUUAGCCAGCAUAGUUAAGAUUGUGGAACCUAAAUUCCAACGGCAGAACCUUAAAACACAAAUAACAUUAUUUGUAUCAAAAUAUAAAAGGUUUUGAAUAAUCGAUCUGUUUAUUAAAGCUUCUUU